AUGACGGAAAGAGUCGCAAGCCCCCCACCGGCUGGUGUUACCUCGAAGAAGGUCUGGACAACCCUGAUCACAAACACAGCCUACCUCACCGGCCUCCUCACCCUCGAUUACAGCCUCAAGAAACACAAGUCUGCCUAUCCCCUCAUUGCCCUCUAUACCGACACCUUUCCGCCCGAAGGCCACAAGGCUCUCGACGAGCGCGGCAUACCCAAGCAACAUGUCAAAUAUCUACUUCCAAGCGUGCAGAAAGACUUCACAAACGACCCGCGCUUCUACGACUGCUGGAGCAAGCUGACGCCCUUUUCGCUCGAGGAGUAUGAUCGCGUCGUGCAGUUGGACAGCGACAUGCUGGUGCUGAAGAACAUGGACGAGCUGAUGGAGUUGGAGCUCGACGCGCCGAGUGAGGCAGGCGAGGGGAAGCGGGUGUUCGCAGCGAGCCAUGCGUGCGUGUGCAAUCCGCUCAAGAAGCCGCAUUACCCCAAGGACUGGGUCCCAGAGAACUGCGCCUUCACAUCGCAACACAACUCCCCCGACGAUGCGCAAACCACCGGCGCACCCUCAGAUGCAGGCCUCGGCAUGCCCAAUGGCGGCCUACAAGUCGUCAACCCCUCCAAAGCCGUCUACAACCUCAUUCUCGAGCAGCUCGCCAACCCAUCCUCCAUGUCCUACGACUUUGCCGAUCAGUCGCUGCUCAGCGACCUGUUCUGGGGCCGAUGGGUAGCGCUGCCAUACACGUAUAAUGCCCUUAAGACAAUGCGAACAAAAGGCGUGCAUCACCAAAUCUGGAAGGAUGACGAGGUCAAGAACGUGCACUACAUCUUGAGCCCCAAGCCGUGGGACGAGGAGGCUGGCAAGUGCAGCAACGAGAAUCACGAGUGGUGGUGGGUUGUGAACAACGAGCGGUUGGGAGAGGAGAAAAAGAGCGGGAUCGUGGAUGGCUUUUGAUCCGGGAGAGUGGUGCAGGGGAGUCGGGGAAAAUGGAGAGAACUGGCGAGAUAAUGUGGAUAUGAAUAGAGUGGAGAGAUUGAUAACGAUGCUUCCCAAAAC